AUGCAUUUGUUGCGGACCGCCUUGCUCGGCUUUGUCAGCCUCCUGUCGCUGCAAGUCACGGCCACACCAACUCCGUCGGUCCAGGAGCGCCAGACAACGACAAUUUCUAAUCGAGUCAUCUUCUCGCCCCCAACCAAUGCUGGGUGGGUUGAUCCCCGCGUCUUGUAUGCCCGGGCUGUCCAUUUGAAAUCCGGCGCUCUGCUCGCGACCUGGGAGAAUUAUUCUCCUGAGCCGCCUGCUGUCUACUUCCCCAUUUAUAGGUCGACCGACGGUGGUUCGACGUGGACAGAGAUCGGCCGAGUCCGUGAUACAGUCAACGGCUGGGGCCUGCGAUACCAGCCCUAUCUGUACGAGCUGCCCAGUGCCAUUGGACGUUUUCCUGCUGGCACGCUGCUCCUGGCUGGCAACAGCAUCCCAACAGAUCUAAGCAAGACCAAGAUAGACGUAUAUGCUAGCACCGAUGGUGGUGUGAACUGGUCGUUUGUCAGCAGUGUGGCGAGUGGAGGUGAAGCCCGGCCUAACAACGGCUUGACACCUGUCUGGGAGCCUUUGCUCUUCGUCUAUAACAAUCAGUUGAUCUGCUACUACGCCGAUCAGCGCGACUCGAGGAACGGACAAAAACUGUCGCACCAGACGACCACUGACCUGGUCUCUUGGAGUUCCCCGGCAGACGACGUCAGGGACGCAAGCAACUACGCAGCGCGGCCGGGUAUGCCAGCCAUCGUCAAACUUCCGAACAACAGCUACAUCUUUGCCUACGAGCUAUGCGGAAGUGAUGGCUGCCGUGUCCAUUAUCGAAUCACCAGCAACCCACUCAACGUCGCGGCCGCGGCCGAUGUCACGCUCAGGUCCACGGCCGGAACGGUACCCACGAGCUCGCCGUUCCUCGCCUGGUCCAGCGUCGGUGGCGCCAACGGAACCAUAAUCCUCAGCGGGGGAAGCCAAUCGCAGAUCUUCACCAACCGGGCGUUGGGAGCUUCCAACGCGUGGGUCCAGUACAACACGCCACAGCCCAACGCAUACUCUCGCUCGCUGGCUGUCUUCCAGGACGAUGCAAGCAAGCUUGCGAUUAUCGGCGGAGGCUGGCUGCCACCUAGCAGUACCAAUCAGGUCAGCAUCAGUGUCAUUGACCUGCGAGCUACGAUUGGGGUUUGA